AUGGGAAGCAGAGCUUUGUUGCUACUCAAAGGACCAUCACCGCCAAAGCAUAACAUCCUCUUCCUUUUCAACUGCAAAAAAUGCAUCUCUGCUCCUUCAAUACGAAAAUUCACAACAAAAGCAACAGCGAAUGGGUCCUCUCUUGAACCACCAGAUGUAGCUCGCUUGGCUGAAACUGCUAGAAUUUCACUCACCCCACAACAGGUCGAAGAAUUCGGUCCUAAAAUUCGACAAGUGAUUGAUUGGUUUGGACAACUUCAAGCUGUUGAUCUGGAUAGUGUGGAACCCUCAAUUAGAGCAGACACUGAAGGUGAUAACUUGCGUCAUGAUGAUCCUGAAACAUUUGCGAACAGGGAAGCAAUCAUUGAUGCUGUACCAAACUAUGAGGAUCCUUACAUCAAAGUUCCCAAAGUUUUGAACAAGGAGUAA